AUGACCGAAUUAGUAACAGAAAAAAUAUAAAUUAUCCAAACUAAUACACAAUAAAGCUAAUAAACAACAGAAGACUAUGAAAAAAUGCCUUCAGUAACCCUUUUUCACAAAUUAUCAUUAGCUAUUCUGGGCAUAUGUUCUUUAACAGGUUGGAACGCUAUUUUAAAUGCAUUAGAUUUUUUCCAAGAAAAAUUUCCCAAAUAAUAAUUUUUGAAUGUUUCUUUUUUUAUUCCAAUUCCUAUUAUGUGCUCAAGUCUUAUAGUCGGAGCAAUUUUAUCUGUAAUAGGAAAUGCAAUCCCUUUUUAAAAUUAUAUUUCUAUUAUUUUAAGAGUAUCUAGCUUAUCAGUAGCUUCUUUAUGUUUGGUAAGUGUUUUUCUUAAAGAAACAUACAUUGGUAUCGUACUAGUAUUCAUUAUUUAAUCAUUCUAAGGAACUGUAGUUAGUAUAAGUAAUAAUUGUUGCCUAACGCUUGCUAUGGCUACUUAAAAUAGUGUGUUAAUAGGCAUUUAUUUGACUUUUACAUCUUUGUCUGGUCUAAUUAUGAAUCUUUUGAGAUUAACUGCUUUAGGAACUUUCGGAAUAGAAGAUUUAGAUAAAGGGACUGGUUUAUAUUUUGGAGUAGCAGCCGGUUCUUAUAUAACAGGAAGGCCUGCGCCUUUUAUUAUAUUUGUUAGUUGCGUUUAGACUAGUAUGCUUUACCCCGGUGUCUCAGUUUUCUAAAAACCUAAAUAUACUUAUGUUAAAUUUCCUGUAGCACCUAUUUUAAUGGUUACGAUUUUUAAUAUAGGCGAUAUAUUUGGAAAAUCAUUAGGUGGAGGAUUUAAAUUUUUAUAAAAAGCAUAGUUUGCAUUUGGAAUUGUUAUUUGUAGAUUUAUUGCUAAUUUGCAAGGAUCUUAAGAUAUGUAAAAUGAUUUUUUCUAAUAUUUCCUAAUAUUUAUGUUUGCUCUUACAAAAGGAUUGGUAUCUUCUAUUUUAAUGACUGUGGGACCUUAAAGGGCUACUAAUUCUAAAGAUAGAGAUUUAAUUAGUCACAUGAAUAUUUUAUUUUUAACUUUAGGUGUUUCUGUUGGAUCUUUAAUGGCUUUGAUUUUAAAAAUAAACUGUUUUGUUUAAACAUUUGUCAAUAUUCCAAAUUUUUUUCAACUUUAAAUGUUAUAAUUUCUUAAUAAUAAAUAAUUUGAUUUAUAUUUUUUUAAUCUUAUAUUAAUUUUUUGA